CUCUUCCCUUCCUCCCCGGCGUGGGCUCUCGCAGGCAGCCGGCAGCCCGGGGCUUCAAAGCCGGGGGAGGGAGAAGAGCGCGGCCACGUCCCACCCCUCCCUUCCUGCAAAUCCCCGCUCGCACUGCAAACAAUCUGCCUUCCCCAUUGCAUCCAAGGGAGAUAGCAACAGCAACAUCAUCACGGCAAGCCGGAUGGGAGAGCGGAGAGAAGGCUGCUGCUGAGGGAGGAAGGCACACACGCACACACCAGCUCGAUGUUGCCAAAGCGGUAGGAACCGCACGAAAAAUAAGCCAUGCUGCCCCAUGUGUCUGGCGCAUUGUGCUCCAUCCGAGCCUAAAGGAGGAAGAAGAGAAUUAUCGGCUCCGAUUUUUUUUCCCUGCCAGCGAGAGUGCGACAGACUUGCGAUGGUUGAAUGUCAAUGCCUGUGAGAGAGAGCAACAGUCAGAGCAGGAGGAGGACAGAAGGGGAGGAAAAUGAAGGUGGGGACGGUGGUGGAGAGAAAGAAGGAGCCUCGUCCAAUGCAUCAAAAGGAGGUCCCUGCAAUUGCUGAUAGAGCCCUGACCGCCUCGCCAUCCACAAUGGUCUGUACAAGCUGCCAAUGCGUUUGAUGACGUUCCUGUUUUGUGAAAGGAGGAAAGGAAACGUGACCAUGUAAGAUCCACGUUUCCCCGGUCAAUUACAUACGAAGAAUAGAUCCGAUUUCGACGUGGGUUUUUGGUCCAGGAUGGUAACAGCUUAGGGAAUAAUACAGCCGCCUUCCCUCAUCAAUUUCGCUCUGAUUUUUUUUUUUUUUUUUUUUUAUUUUGGUGUGGUCCAGGCAGCUGCUGGAAUAGAGAAGGUCAGAAUAUAUAAAUAUAUAUAAAAUAUAUAUGAUAUAUAUAUUAUAUAUAUAUAAAAAUAUAUUUGUCUCAGUGCAUCUGGGAUUAAGCUUAUUGAAUGCUAAUUAUUUCUUUCCGGACUUUUAAUAUUUACAAUUAAAUCUUUUAAAGGCAACGGUAAAAUCUGAAGCCACCUGGGAGUACAGUGUUGAAAACGUAGGGUGUUUUCCCACAAACAAUGUGAAGGUCUUUUUUCUCAAAGAGGCAAUUUUGAUAAUAACAACAGCUACCAAUUUUGCAUUUUGAUAGCCAGACCAGCUGCUAUUUUGUCUGGAUGCACACCGGGAUUCGUGUGAUCGGGUUUUAUUUUUUAAUUGAAAAAAAAAAUAAUAUAAAAUAGAAGAAAAAGGAAAAUUACUUGAGAUGCCAAAUACUGUCGAGAGAACCAUAUUCUCCCUCCUCCCUACACCCACCGGAGACGUGGACCCUUCUUUUUUACAGGCUUAGGAGUUGUGAGAGCUGAUCGGGGGCUUUCUCCCGAGACCGCCGCCUGCGCCCCUGGACCCUCGGGCGUGGGAGAUUUAUUUCCUCCCGCUGAUUUCUAAGCAAACUUGUGGAGGGGGGGAAAGGAUACCUCGGCAGCACAGAGUCGUUUUUCUUUCUGGUGUGGAUUUUUUUUUUUCAAUUGCCGUCCCCGCCGGGUUGCAGCGGGCUGCCGGGGACUUUUCCCCCUCGCCCUCCGGCUCCGCUUUUGUGCGUUCCCCGGCGGCCAGCGCAGCCCCCCCGGCACUGCGGCCGCCGCGGAGCCCCCCCGGCCGCGGGGCGCCCGGCUCCUGCCCUUUUCUUUCCCCCGUGCCCGCCUGCCAAGGAAAGGCACAUGUUAAUACCACCCGGCGCGGGCAUUUUCUGCUACUGCUGCUGCGGGCUCCUCCGUCCGAGACAGAUGUUGCGAAACCAAGGCCUCCUCAAGUGCCGCUGCCGCAUGCUCUUCAAUGACCUGAAGGUCUUCCUGCUGCGGAGACCCCCCGCGCCGCCGCCGCCCUCCCCGCCGCCGCCGCUCCCCAUGCCCGGCGGCGCAGAGGCGGCGGCGGGGGCCGCUCCGCCCGGGGGGCGCGGGCCCGGCUGGCGGGCGGCGGGCGGCGGCGGCGGCGCGGCCAGCCCGGCCGCCGAGGAGUGGGGCAGCCCCGCCGGGGAGCCGCCCGCCUCCCUGCCCAGCAGCACCUCCUCGGAUGACUUCGGCAAGGGCAAGGCCGAGGACCGCUACUCGCUGGGCAGCAGCGUCGACAGCGGCAUCCGCACCCCGCUCUGCAGGAUCUGCUUCCAGGGGCCCGAGCAGGGGGAGUUGCUGAGCCCGUGUCGAUGCGAUGGAUCUGUGAAGUGCACGCACCAGCCAUGUCUGAUCAAAUGGAUUAGUGAGAGAGGCUGCUGGAGCUGUGAGCUGUGUUACUACAAGUAUCACGUCAUUGCCAUAAGCACAAAGAACCCUCUGCAGUGGCAGGCCAUCUCUCUGACAGUCAUUGAGAAGGUUCAGAUAGCAGCAGCCAUCCUGGGAUCCCUCUUCCUCAUCGCCAGUAUCUCGUGGCUCAUCUGGUCGACCUUCAGUCCUUCAGCCAAGUGGCAGCGCCAGGACCUGCUCUUCCAGAUCUGCUAUGGAAUGUACGGCUUCAUGGACAUUGUCUGUAUAGGUCUAAUAAUACACGAAGGGCCCUCGGUUUACCGGAUUUUUAAACGGUGGCAGGCGGUCAAUCAGCAGUGGAAAGUGCUGAACUAUGACAAAACAAAGGACAUGGAGGAGCAAAAAACAGGGACCAGGACAAAUCAGCGCCCCUCCUCCCAAACCAACCACUCGUCCUCCACUGGUGGUACAGCCACUAACUCCGCUCCAGCCGACAGCGGGGCUCGGGCUGCUGGCCAUGCCACAGGCACCCUCUCUGACCACCACUGUGCUUAUACCAUCCUGCAUAUACUCAGCCACCUGAGGCCUCACGAACAGAGGAGUCAGUCUAGUAGUAACAGAGAGCUCGUCAUGAGGGUCACGACGGUCUGAGCCGAGGAAUUCAGGAGGCCUUAACACGAAGCGGAGGAGACAAAAGAACUCAUAAAGCAGAGGAGCAUGGUGUGCCUUUUUCUUUCUCUUUCCUUUUCUUUUUUCUUUUUUUUUUCUUCUCUCCUUUUCUUUUUUCAGUAACUGCACAAGAUAUAAGAGGCGGCACCUGGCCAGCUAAGGAAAAAAGCAGGUGGAGGGAGAGCUGCACACUCAUGCUAAAGAGGUUAAUGUUUUCCAGCCUGUUUAAAAAAAAAAAAAAAGAAAAAAAAAGAAAAAAAUAACAACACAAAUCACAAAAAAACCAACAAAACAAGUGCAAUACAGACUACAAACUGAGUAGGCAGAGUUCUGGGGAAGCAGAGGAACAGACGGUUUAGCAUGUCUUACAAAUCCUAUUACCUGGAAUAGGUAACGCUCUGUGCACAGCCCCCGUACACACACGCACGCGCACACACACACACGUGGUGUGAGAAUUAUAAAAACAUGGAAGGGAAUGAAAUACUUGGAGUGUUUUCAUUUUCUAGACUCCAAUUAACCAGGGCUAUGAGUUGUUUUGUUUCAUGAGUCACCGGAGCCUUGUUUGAUUUACCAAGGGGUACCUGAAGUGAAAUGGCUGAGGAUUUUUCAGGAUUGAUUUACAGAAGAGAGGUUGAAUCAUCUCACUAAGAAAAUCUUAACAAAAUCCAGGCAUACCCAAAUUUCACCAAGAAGCCUGUUUUUUUCAUAAUAUUCCUGACAAGGGGUUUGUGAGGGUAGGACUGGGAGGGGGGAGGGCGCUCCAUGACCUUUAUUUGACGUAUAGGCAUUUUUGGCAAAUUUUGUACAAACGUUCCGCAGGUGUUUCAAGCACAAGUACUGGUGUGAUUCAUGCCUUCAUAACCCCAAAUCCAGCAUCCAGACCCUGCCACCCACACACAUAAUUUUCCAUGCAGACAUUCCAGGUUAAUUUCCUUCCAUUUUACUCUAAUCACAAGAAGCUGACCCAUCUUUGUGGGUUUCUGCUCCCUUGCUGAUUCAGACACUCAUGCAUUAGAGAUGUACUUUUUUUUUUUCUUUGGUGUCUGUAUCUCUGCUGCUCAAUUUGCAACAGUCUCACUCAGUCUUGUAGGCUGAUCCUUUCACAUCCAGUCUGUUAGUUUAUUAUAGAGUCUAUUCCAUUCAAUCAUCCAAAAGAGAGUUAGUCUGAAGAGGGAGCACAGUUGCUGACUGACUGUGUAGCACUUCUAAUAAGUCUCCUUCUCUGGGAUAUAUCCUUGAAGGUAUUGGUUGCUCUUCAGGAACAUUCUCUUUCAAUGCACAAUGGCUGAAUCAUUUGUGGAUAUUAAAGGGACACUGUCAAGUACUUUUUAAAUAGUUUUUAGGGUUUGGGCUUUUUUUACUCUCCAUUGUUUGUAAUAUUCUCUUACAAGCUUGAAAAUAAAAUUUCUUUCCCUACCAAUUUUGUCCUUUUCCAUUUGGGCAUGUAUGGUUCUCUCCACUCACCCCAUUCCUUUCACCAUCUCUGUUCUUCUCCUCUCCACCUUUCUUCUGCAACAGGAGGAAAUCCAUAUUUCUGAUUUCCUGCUGACUGUCCUCAUUUUAUGGAGGGUAUGUCGUAACUCUAUGGGGUUGAGUUAUUUUGCAGCUGCCACAGAGGAAGCAUAAGAGCAGGAACCCUAGAAAUACGGAGAUUAGCUAGUUGAGGAGCAAAAGCUCAGAUGUCACAAAAAGCUGUCACUUGACCCCACAGUGAUCAAGCCUGAACCCAGCUCCCUCCAAAAUCAAGAUAAUGUCUUCAGCCAAACUGCAUCCAUUUACCAGCAGUGCCAAGCAACACUGCACAAUGGCUGAAGGCAGCUGCCCUCCAUCAUCAUACCAGCAGCUCUGACACCUUCUGGGGCAAAUGUGGGCUACCAGCUCCUUUGGCAGCCAGGCUGGCACAGGUCAGGUGUUUCUGGACUGGAGAAGGUGUCCAGCUUCAGCCUCUGUGUUUGAACACGACAGCCAUUCUGCAGCGCUGAAGAUGGAGGUUAGCAGAUUAAGGCAAGGUCAUGUUUUUCACCUCAAUUACUUGACAGUGUCCCUUUACAUAUCAGAAUGCAACAGAACAGGUACUUACUUCUCUGGCAGAGAAUGUGGGAGGUGGAACACCGUCCGAGAAAGCCAGCUUACUGAGGACCAGUGUGAAACAGCAUGGUUUUUGAGGCCACUGUACCUUUAUCUGACCAGAUUUACUGUCUACCAAAGAGUGCUUUUGGCAGAGGGGAGAAAAGAGAUGGUGGCGGGCAGAGGGAGAGGGAAGGGGCAGUUCCAAUCAUCUCUGAAAGUAGCUAUCCCCCAGAAGGAAGGUGUUGCAAUGAAUGAAUGAUCUCUGGAAGAACUGCUUCAGUAGAGAGAAAACUGGCCAAAGCAAGCAAACACAGCAGCCUCUCACCCCUAUGCCUGUUCUGGAGGCUGUCCUCAUUUCAAGAGAUGAGUAAUUAUAGUGUUUUUGGGAAGGGGGAAGCAUACACAGAUGAAGGGACAGCUGUCACCCAUGAUGUCGUUUCCCUCCCUGCCCUCCACUCAUUUAAUAUGGAGAAGUCAAAUUCCUUUAAUUUGGCUAACAGAUAAAAUUUCAUGAGGUCAGAAGCACAACUUGCUGUGAAAGAGUGGUGUACUCUGAGCACACAGGACUCUGCAUACUCUCACUCCAGCUCUGCCACUGACUCUGUAGCCUUGGGCUGUUUGGCUCAGUGUCCCCUCCGCGCAAAGGGGGAAUAACAAUACGUACCUACCUCACAGGGGUGUUGUGAGUAUCCACGUUGGUAAAGCCUGUUGGAGUGCUAAGUCUACCAGCGGUAGUACGAGGUGUGUGGUGGGGGUGAGCAGCGCUGCCCUUUUGCUGGUUACAGUGUGAGACACAGCGGGAGUCCCACGGCCUUCUCCUGCUGGGAGACCCUCCUGAUCGGAAGCGGAGGCUGUCGUCCGAGUGCCCUCUCCUCCAUUGCAUGACAUUUUAAGCGGCUGUGAGGUGCAGGGUAGUGACAGACAUGAAGUCCUACUUGACCAGGGAUUUGCUACAACGUUUUCUAUAUCUGUGGGGUUUGUUGGUUUGUUUUUUCCAUAUAUUGUGCUUAGAAAUAAACUUUCCACUUAGGGCUGGCGGUUUGGGGUCUAUUCUGUUGCAUGGCAAUGUAUACAAGUCUUAUUGUCUGUCUUACUGUGCAAAUGAUCCCGCAGCCCAGUUUCAGAGAUGGGCAUGGUCUGAGCCUUUUCACAGCAGUGUAAGACUCAAAAGCCUGUCUAGACUGUUUAAUAUUUAAACAACACUAUGAACUUGUCAAUUGUAUGUGUUCUGUGCAAUACGAAGCAUGUCAUUAGCUGGCUUGAUGGGCAGAGGGGCUAAAGGAAGGUCAAAACUUGUUCAAAGAGCUUCAUCCAUGUGCCAGCAUGGAGCCGAAGGGCUGCCACCAGCAAAGUAAACUCGGGGGAAGCCAUUGGAAAGUAUUUUCAGAACAGUUUACUCCAGAACAAGGUACUUCUGAGUUUACGAACUUCUAGGCUGCCAGCCUGAGAGAACAAGUGCAAACUUAGCGUGGGGGUUGGGGUUUUGAAUUCCCUUUUUCUUUCCUCCUCAAAGUUUUGAUGGCAGAAGUACUGAUGAGGAUCUAUUCCUUCCAUAGCACAGUUCUCGUCUCCCACAAUCUCCUUGUGCCGUCCCCUUUGUGCUACUAUGCAGGACUUUCAAAGGUGCAAAUGGAGACAGUACGCUCCCCAGACACAAAAAAUAAGUUGUGCAUUGGGUGAUUCUAGCAGAUAGACGAGAUGGGGCAGAGCUAUGCUACAGAGGCAUCUCUUCUUCCCCUGUCUUUCUUCUAGUCUUGUCUGCUGGGUUCCUGAAGAGACGUUCCCUGUACUUUGUUACAAAGCUGUCGGAUCACCUUCCACUGACAAACAAAGCUUGCAGAGUUUGGCAGCUGUUUCUCCCAAUGGAGAAAAUUCUGGGUCCUAUCACUGUGGAGACCCCUCAGUUCUUGGGCUUUGUGCUCCUCCAGCAUUGUUUGGGGGGUGGUCAGUGUGGAAGACUGUGUUCAGCCAUCAUCAGAAAUCGUGUGUAUGGUCCUGCUCAAUCUUGUGAUUUCUGCCAGUCCCCUGAUUUUCUGUCAGCUUCUGACAGGUCUUUCUGGUAAUGCUUUUCUGGUUAUGCUCUUCAGAGGUGUUUUGCUCUGUAUCAGUUGCCAAUGCUGUUCUUGCCUACCGAAACAUCAGUGCUGGCCUCCAGCUUCCACAGCUCUUCCAUUCUUGCCAACCGGUCUCUUGGUAAACACUCACUGCCGAGUUCAAACCCUCUUCCUCUGUGCCUGCAAGGGGUCAAGCACAUGCACUAACCCAAGGGCCACCAGAGAACACAGGGACCCUUAAGAAUCUGUAUCAAUAAGUCAGACUCUAUAACCAUCAGUCUUUGAUAUAUAUUUACUUUGGCAAUCUCAGUGCCUGCUGUUAAUUGGUUGCUACAAACAAACCACUAAUGCUGGCAAAAUCCAUUCACCCAGCUAACACUUGAUUUCCAGUUUUAAAUGCAAAACUCUAUGGGCUGUUUUUCAAACAAAUCCAGUGUGUUCCCUGUUGUGGUUUCCCAAGCAAGGUGGUGAAGAGAUUCUUGUUUUACCUUACUAUGAUGAGAUGGGCAACCCAAGGAAAGAGGAAGUCAGUAGCUUAGACUUGAGUCAAGAGAAGUGCUGGCUGCCCUGUUUUCACUCAGGGACACAGGAAAAUACUGCUCAUGCCUGCCAGAUCCCUGGCCCUUCUCAAAGCCCUUGAUCUGGCAGCAGUAAAACACUAGAGCCAACGGCUGUAGCUGGAAGACCAUUCUGAAGACUUUCCAGUUCUGAAGACCAUCCUCUGUCCACAGGUAGUGGUCAGUCACUCAAGCAUCCUCUCUUCAUUUUCCUUGAGAGAAAAAGAUUAUUUAGAACUAAGCAAAGCACUAAUGCUCUUCAGUGUAGGAUGAGGCAACAGAUGCCUCAUCCCCUCUGCCAUCCCUAGACUCUGGCCCUGAAGAUCUCAUGAGCAGACUCGGAGUUCCUCCCAGACUAGUUUUUAAGUCUUCUUCAUCCUUCAUGUUUCCAGACAGGCAAAGCCAUUCCAUUGAUAAACAAUGACAUCCAAAUCCUGAGAGGACAAACAAAUGUAGGAGCCUAUUGCAUUGACCUUCACCAUUUCUUACUUGCUGAAGGAAAUAUGGUGAAAACACCAACCGGUUUCCUCCAUUUGGCAGCAAUGGACCGGUGGCUCUAGGAAUAUUUCCCUCAAUAAUGCAAGUCUGACAUGCAGCACUUACUGCAGGCAGUCUUUGAUCUCCCAUCUAUCAUGUCAGAUAAAAGGAGAGCAGAAUCUGACAGUUCUGUCUGUUUACACAAACAUCAAAAACUAUCUUAGUUCAUUAUUCAAAUUACCUCCAGGUCAGUGGGUGAAUUUCUCCUUUCAUGAAAGAAUUAUGUUUUCUCUUCCAGAAUGGGAAUUGCAAGAUAUAUAUAUGUAAACAUAUACAUAUCUAUUUAUAAAUGUUAUUCUGAAAAGAAGAGAAAAAAACCUAAAACAAUACUUGUUUUUUUAAUAAGUCUUGACAGGAGCUAGGGAGUUGCUGUGUGGAAAAUGCAACACAGGGUUUGACUUCAGGCAAAGAGAAGAUACAAGAGGAAAAUACUUUUAUGGUACUCUUGGCCUGUCUUUGGUUCAUGCUCGUUACUGUAUAGCAUUUAAUUAAGACAGAAAUACGUGGAAAAGAGACACUCAGCUCCAGCAGCAGGAAACAGACUAAAGACCCCUCAAACUUAUCUGAGCCAUUCUCAAACAAGCACAACGAUGCAAAAGCACAAACAGCUGCCAUCACAACUGCUUGAAAAGAGAUGGAUUUCUAAAUGGGACAAGAACUCAGAAAUUAUUUUCCAAACCACAUUGUCAGUAUUUAUCCCACAUUUCUUACUUUCAAAAGGGAAAAAAAAAAAAAAAAGAAAAUUGAAAAGGAGGGUUCUGAUACCUAAGUCUUAAAGAAGCAACAGUGGGGAAGAUGCUCCUUUAUGUUACGCUAUGCAUCAAGAUGUGCUUUGCCAAACAGAAUUAGGACAUCACAUUCAGUUCCCUGACCACUCAAAGAAAGUCUCAGUGACCAAAUCUGCUCAAGGAGUCUUCCCAGAGUGUAGCCUUCUCCAGAGGACCAGAGCUCCCAUCUGGAUGGGAUAGCUGGCAUCAGGCUGUUUGCCUCCAGCUGCACUCUUCUGUGGCAGCAUCACCACCUGUUGUUAGCAAGUCACUGUUGGGCAGCUUUGAUCAUCUGAUAUAGGUUAUGAUAUUACAAUCAGAAAAAUUGUACAUGCCCAUCGUGCCCCUGCAAGUGGCCUGUCAAAUCAUUUCACAGCUGAAGUUGGUGAGAGCUACUCUGCCCUUUGGUCUUCAUCACAGGAGAGCUUUCAUUUAAAAUCCAGCCUGCCACACUUCUCUGGGAGUUUUUCUACUACACUUUAUAGAGGUUCUUUUUCCUUUAAGGCUGAACAGACUUCUAAUCAACCCAGCUGAUCUUAUUUUCCAGCUAGAGAGACAAAAAAUAAUGUUCUCUGACCAGCUGAUCCCAGUACCUAUGUUCUUAUGAGAUUAUAUUCUCCCUCUCCUUUCACUCACUACUCCAUGACCUUCGCUUUCCUUCGGAAAGGGGUGAUUCAUUGCUACCAAAUGGUAGAACCUCUCUAAGAUGGGAGUCUGGACAGCCCUUCUACUCCUUGCUAACAGCCACACAAAGCUUCCUCCCAUCCCUCUAGACUGAUGUGGCCAGCAGAACCCUUUUUUAUGGAGUUUCGCUUCUUGAUCCAGAAGAGCAACUGCUUUCAAGCAUCUCCUUCACUGCUAUCAAGCUGUGGGAUAAUGGCAUGGGGAAUCUUCUGUUUCUUAGCCUCAGGGUAACUUCAGUGGAUGAUGUACCUGAGCCAAAAACACAGUGAGGACAAAGCACUUGUAUUUUAGAUGAUGGUAAACCUGGGUGAGGCUCUUGAUGACAGGAGAGCAAGAAUCUUUGUCAGCUUUAUACAAUAGCAAAUCAAAAUGGCCUUGUUCCCUCGUGGUUUUAGCUCAUUUACAUCUGCCCUGCAUUAUAAACAAACCCUUUUGUAGGCAAUGCAGGCCAGGCCUGGGGAGGACAUCUUCCUCAUUCCAGAAGCACAACCAGCCCGUAGCUAUGCAUCAAUCCCUUCAGGACAUUUGCCCCUGAGAGGCUGAGGCAAGAAUGGAGGUAGCUAGCAGGGAUGGCAAGAACACUUCCCUGGAUCUUCAUCCCCAGGGGGAAAAUUUUGCAUCUCUACAUGUGAUUCCCUUUGAAAUCACCCCUAAGGCCUCCUUCACUAGAACAGGGUCUGCCCAGGAGAGGAAGCAGUGUCUCUGCAUGGAUCCCCCAGGUCUGCAAGAAAUCACUGUGUUCACCGAGGGUUGAGAUGAGUCACCGGUGUGUCCAUGCAGAAAUACUCUGAGACUACUACAGAGAUGUCUGUGGGGUUGGGAGGGAGGGGGUGGCUUUGUCCAGGGCAGGAAGCACGGGGAAGGGAAGGCUGCAAUGUAAGGAAAAAUCAGCCACAAGGCAGGGGCUGACUAAGAGGAAUGACCAUGUCGACUGUGUUACUGUCCCGUCAUUCUCCUGAACCCAGAAUGGAAACUUCCAAGUGCUCUUCAUGAGCUUACGUUUAUUAGAAAACUAUUCCUGGGUGUUCAAGAUUGUUUUCUAAUGAAAAUAUACAUAAUAAAAAAAGAAAAUUAA